AGCGUAUUUCUCUGCUGUUGUUAUUUUUUCUUCUUUGCCGCUGUAGUCUUUGGAAGCGUUGAUUACGUCAAAUACCUUCUCUUCUAACUGAAUUCGAGUAUAUUUUUACUCCAGCUGUGUGGAAUUGAAGACGGUUGAAGCCGGUCGCUUUUCUUUUUUUCUAGCCGUACGCGUGUUGUUGUUUUUUCCAUCUCUCUCUCUCCCUCGCGCUUUACCCUUCCUCGUUCUCUGUGCGUUUCAGUGCUGUUCAUCGCGGCUUUUCUUCACCUAUUCAGAUGUGAGGUCUUUCUUUUGGUCUGGCCUUGCUCUUCUUCUUUGUUUUCUCUUUUUUUCCCUUCCGUUGUUCCUUGUCGAAGCGCCAUGCGUGUUCUGACGAAGUUCGCAGCAGCGUCUGCCAUCGUUGUCGGUGGUGGUGCGGCUGGUCUUCUCUACUACCAACGAGCUAACAAAUCAACGAGCGGUGCGGCCAACAAACCGAAAGAACUGAGCGCAAAGGAAUUCAACGGUUUGCAGGAUGCUGAUUUUCUAAAGGACGCACUCAGCGCGCAGCACCUCCCAUGGACCUACCACCACAUGAAAAGCAACUACGCCGACCUCAAAGACACCCUCACGAGGCGAACAUCGCCGUUGUCAGAGGUCGGAGAAGCCGCCUCGUACACCCCCUCGCCCUCCGACGUGAAACUGAUCUUUUACCGUCUCCUCGGGUGUCCGUACUGUGCCAAGGUGGAGUCUGUGCUUCAGUUUAGCGACGUCCCGUACGAGGAGGUCUGGAUCGACCCGAUCACCGGCGACGGGCUGCCUGACCGGCGCUACCCACUCGCUCCGCAGCUGUACUUCACGCCCCUCGCCACCCCCUCAGUGCCUCCGGCGUUGGAGACGGAGGCGGCGGUGAAGAAGCAGCAGAACAAAUCGGGUGCCUUCGUGGUGGACUCGGCGGCCAUCGCGACCGCCUUGGCGAAGCCGCUCGGCUACACCGCCGAUCUCGCCAACCCACACACGGGCGAGACACGUGACUGGAUCACGAACCACUUCCACGGCGCCUCCUUCGCCAUUACGAACAGCACCUUCCGCAACUCGUACGCCACCUACACCUACGUUACCCCAAGCAAGUAUCAAAACUUUUUCUAUCACGUCAUCGGCAGUGGUGCGCUGUCGAUGCUGUCACGGGUGAAGAUUCAACCGCGGCUGAUCGCCAAGAUGGAGGAGCCGGCGGCGGACACGCAGCCCAUUCCGGAUGCUUCGAACCUGAGCGAGUCGACGGGGUUGUGGAUGCUGCCGGAGGAGACGAAGAAGGCGCUGGCGGCCACCAUGCGCAAAGGCACGGCGGAAGAAUGGCUGAGGGCGGAGCUGGAGAUCUUUCUGGCGCGUCGUCCCGCACGUGCGGUCUUCCACGGUGGUGCGAACCCCGACCUGGCGGAUGUGGAGAUGUACGGCGUCUCACGCGUGGUAGACCAACAUCCUCGACUGGGCCGCGUCGUGCGCGAGGGUGCGUUUGGAGAAUGGCAGAGAGCCAUGCAAGCGAAGUUGAAGGAGACAACCGGCACCGUGUACGCUUGA